GCGAGUGCUUGCUUGGUGGAGCUUGGUCGAAUAGCUAAAGUAGAAUGCAAAAGGCAAACGUUUGCCGCAACCAACGCACAAAUCACUCGCCCGCAAUACCAAUACAAUUUCGAUAAGAAAAAAAUACAUAGUUUUCGCUACCGCAGAGCCAACUACAAAUAAACAAACAACAAACAUUCUACGAAUACAGUGAUCAACGGACACAAGGUGUUUGCCUAUUAACUUUGCAAGUAAUGCAGACAAACGAACUCAAACUAAAGUAAUUUCUAAUUUCUGAAUAUGAAUUUAACGUUAUUAUUGUUGUAAGUGCAAGGAUUAUAGCUGUGAGCGAUAUAUAAUACAUACCUACGGAUGUACACAUGUACAUAACUCUUACAUGAGGUAUAGCUUCUCCGACGGGUAUUCGAACUUGUAGUUUAUAGCGAGCACGUGGCGUUUUUUGAUGGUGGUUCAUUGGAAUAUUUAUGAUAUGAACUAGUUGCUAUAAGUGGUAUAAUAAAAAUGAAGUGAUUGAAGUGCAUAAAGUGAAAUCUAAAUCAAAUGAUAAAUAUAAAAUUAAUCGUGCAAAUAAAUUCGUGCUACAACAACAUCUUGGCAAGCUACUUGAACCAGGAUGUGGUAUUAGUUUGACUUAAUCAAGUCCAGUAGAGUCGUGCGCGCAGCCUUAAUAAUUACAUAUUCGUGGCUAUGUAUGUGCAUAUAUACACAUGUAUCGAUUAGACUACGACGAGCGUUGUAGUAGUGCGCAGUUUAGUAAUCUAUCGUUGUGCAGUCGGAAUUGGAUUGAGUUACUCGUUUUGCCGUCAAUAUAAUCGACGCCUAUCCAUGUUAAUAUACAGCGUUGGAAUUGAAAGCGACACAAGAUUUUACCUUGUUGCCUGAGAUAAUGCAUGCGAGAGCUUCCCUAUGCUCUUGAGGAAGGUGUCAGUGUCUCUUAGUCAUAGCCAUAGUUAUAUCCUUAGACAUAGUGUAUGUAGUUAACCGCCAACUAGAAGCGCAUACCUCAACAGGGCUAAUUGGAAAUAAGCCGAUUAAUUCAUCGUGUCAACGCGAUCAACGGAAUUUGUAGAUAACAAAAAGGCGAUCGCCGUUAUAUCAAAAAUGGAUAUGAAAAUGGAGUUAGUGAGUCAAUCGCAAGAUAUGAGUACCGGUUCGCCGUCAGAGGUGCCAAAUGAUCCAGGGAAAAUGUUUAUCGGCGGAUUAAGUUGGCAAACCAGCCCAGAAAGCUUACGAGACUACUUCAGCAGGUUUGGUGAUAUAUCAGAGGCUAUGGUCAUGAAAGAUCCAACGACGCGGAGAUCGAGGGGUUUCGGCUUCAUAACAUUCAGUGAUCCAGCCAGCGUAGACAAGGUUCUCACACAAGGUACUCACGAACUAGACGGUAAAAAGAUCGACCCGAAGGUAGCUUUUCCCCGCAGAGCACAUCCUAAAAUGGUGACGCGAACGAAGAAAAUUUUUGUGGGUGGGCUGUCCGCGCCCACAACACUGGAGGAUGUCAAAAGCUAUUUCGAGCAAUACGGACCGAUUGAGGACGCUAUGCUGAUGUUCGAUAAGCAGACCAAUCGGCAUCGAGGUUUUGGCUUCGUUACAUUUCAGAGUGAGGAUGUGGUAGAUAAAGUUUGUGAAAUUCAUUUCCAUGAGAUCAACAACAAAAUGGUCGAAUGCAAGAAGGCGCAACCCAAAGAAGUCAUGCUGCCGGCCAACUUGGCCAAGACGCGCGCUGCCGGUCGCUCUGCAUACGAUAACAUCAUGUGGGGACUGGGGACACUACCCGACGGAUUUCCGGCAGCCGCCUAUGCAGCCUAUGCAGCUGGACGUGGUUAUUCGGGAUAUCCAAGCUUCGGUUUGCCUUACCCUGCUGGCUUAACAAUAUGUGGAAUCGGUAGAAGUUUUGGUACCUGUAGUACCGCGGCCCAAACUGGUGGUCGCAGGCCCGGCAAUGGUAGCGGCAACACCGUUAAUACGCAACCUGCCACAGGCUACCAACAUCAAGCGGCCUUAACGCUGCCUUUAGCAACGGCGCUAACUCGUACAGCUGCAAUUAAAUCGCAAUUUUUAGGAAAUAUUAACUUUUAAUCAGACGUCUAGCACACGAAUCCUUAGUCAAGUGCUUGAAUAAGCCUAGCCUACGUUAUCGCUACCAGCCACCAGCCAGCAAUCCGAAAAUACCAGGUUAAGAUCAAUCCAAUCCGCGCAACCAGAUCGAAAAAACGAAAAUAGAAGUCUGAGCCUACCAAUCAAGCGAGGCACAAAUUCAAGUGCUCUAUCCAAUCGAUGCUAGUCGAACACUCGACCGUUAGCUUAGCGCCGUCUUAAAAACACAUACAUUCUUGGAGCGUACUCGUAUAUGCUCGAAGUAGUAGAAAAUUUUAAGCCCACAACUUACGUAACUAUUCGUAGCUUCAGCAGUUAGUUCGUAUAUAGUAGUAUAUGUGCUCGUACGUUUGUAAAUCCAUAAAUCAAGUUGAAAAUAGUCGUAGGAAUAUACUCGUUGGUAGUCGUUGUUCGUUCGUUCGUUCGUUCGCUUGUUUGUUGGCUUUUGUGAUUGAUUGUUGGUUCGUUAUUUCACUCGAAAAGUCGUCUUAGGCUAGUAAUAAAGUUUAAAAAUGCAGUUACCGAAGUAGAACUUUGAUCUUCUAGAAGUUGCGGUUGUAAACAGUCAUUUGUAUAAUCACUUAAGUCGACAGCUUUAUAGCUAUAGUCAUUUAAGAAUGUUUUACUUUAAUAACACUAAAUGAAUUGAUCUCAUAAUAAAACUGCUCACACAUAAAUACGUACAUAACCUACAAUAUGCAAUAUACACAGUAUUCAACAUACAAAAAUUCUGAAAUUCAUUUGACUAUUGAUAUUCGAACACCUAUU